GCUCCAGGCUUCUUGCCGGGCCGGAGCGGCCGGAAAUCAAGGUCGCUGGCUUGAGUUGCUGGAGGCUGGGCUGGCGGGUGGCCUGAGCCGGCUAGUUACUACCCUGAGGAUGUCGGUGUUUCACGACGAGGUGGAGAUCGAAGACUUCGAGUACGAGGAGGAAACGGAGACGUAUUUCUACCCUUGUCCCUGUGGGGAUAACUUCGUCAUCACCAAGGAAGAUUUGGAGAACGGGGAAGAGGUGGCCACCUGUCCCAGCUGCUCCCUCGUAAUCAAGGUGAUCUAUGACCGAGAUCAAUUUAUGUGUGGGGAAACAGUCUCUGUACCUUCGACCAGCAAAGAGUUAGUUAAAUGCUGAAGAAAGCUUUGAAAACCUAAUUUAUACCAAAUAACCAGAGGAUGUGCCCAGGUGGAUAUUAAAUGUGAAACUGAAAACUUCUGAAUAACAAGAGGGGCUUUUUGGAUUUUUGUUUUUGCAUGCUUGCAGUGUGUUGCAAAGCAUAGCUUCUUUACAUCAAUUGCCACAUUAAUCUUGAAAAUAAAGAACAGAAGGGACAAAUGUAGAUUUUUAUAAUUGAACUUGAGUCUUAGUUUCAGUCAAAAUUUUUCAUUUUCCAGAAUUCGAAAGAAGAAUUCCGUCAGUUUAUGAUCUUAUAGUUUAAUCAUUUAUAUCAUAAAAAUUGUUAACUUUGAUAUUUGUUCUUUGCAAAGUAUCAUCUACCUCCAUAAUCAGUAGUAGCCACUGAUGCUCAUUUAAUUGGCAUCAACAGCAGAAACCUUGUCAGUAGCUGAAUCAUAAUAGUGCUAGGUACGUGAGUUGUCCUCUUGUUUUCUGUCAUAUCCUAACUUCAUUAAGUAAAAGCAAUGGAUAUGAAGAGGAAAAUAAGUGACCUCUAUCCUCAGAGGAUAAAAGUCUUCUGUGUCUUAGAUACUAGAAACAAGACUCAAUGCGAAAUUGCAAGAGACCUUGGAAUUCUCAUGUCAUGCUUUCUCAAAACUAAGAGGAGCAUAAAAAGGCAGGCAUUAGGGCUGGAUGAUAAGAAUAAAGUGGUGACCAAAGGGAAAAAAAUGAAAGGUGCAAGCCCCGUUGAGUCAGGAAGUGAACCAGUUGAUUAUUCCAAACCAGAGCCGAUGGUGUCCCUUUGUCUGAUCAUUUUCUAAAAGUAAAAGCUAGUGUAAUUGCACCAAGGAAGGUGGCUUUGUGUAUUUUGGUACCAUUACAACAUUGUGUCCACUGCAUGUAAAAAAAGGUGAAGCAUCUCCAUUAACCAUACCCAUUGCUGAAGAUCAUCUUUAAAAUGUGAGUGAGGCCCAGAUGACAACACUAGUAAGGACGCAUUUGAAGCAGGUGUCAUUUAUGUGAUUUACAACCAAGUCAGAUCUUAGCAGCCCUGAAAGAGGAAGCUUCUGUGGAGGGAGGGAAAAAAAGGCAUGUGGACAGUUUUUGCUGUUGUGAUGGUAGUAGGGAGAAAUUAGAGCCAUUUGUGGGGAAAUUGGAAAAUGCCCAGCUCAUGAAAGGCGUGAAUCAUCUUCCCUGUGAACACUGAGUUAGCAAACAUGCAUUGAUGACUAAAAAGUUAUUUUGGUAUUGACUUGUGCAAUUAGAAAAAGUGGCUUGCCAAAGUAGAUAUUUUGUUGCUGUUAAAUGUGCUGUGCAUACCCAUAUUUAAAUGAAAACAUGUGCACGUUCCUUUUCUGCCUGUCAGCCCCACAAGGCGUACCCAAACUUAAUAGGCCAAGGGAUGAUGAACUAAAAGUUGAAUAUCUGAAGCACUUGGUUACAUGGAGUGCAAAGGAAUGUAGCUGUUCUAGCAACAUAGAAAUGAUAUUUGAUUCAAUGAGGAGCCCCCUUGCUGCAUGGGACACGGUCUCAUACAAAAGCAAAGCCGACCUCGAACACCAGUGAUGGCUUGGACAAAAGGAGCGUCCACACUGGCUCAGACUAGAAUGAGCUACAAAGACAAAUGGAUUGUCCGAUCAGUGUUGAUGUUUUUGCAAAUGUUGGCUACCUCUGCUGUUAUUGUAUCGACGACAGGCACCUUUAAUGUGAAAUUUGUAUACAGGAAGAAAAGAAAGAAGCUUCUUGAGUCCGUGAAUCCUGCAAGAAGAGAAGCUAGGACAAUAUGAACAGUGAUUGAAUUUGUGAUAAAUUAGAGUGCUAUCAGUGACUCUGUCCACAGCUGCUGAGUUUGUGUUUCUGACCUGUGACCGGUUUCCAGUCACCUCAAAAUGAGCAAUUCUUUCCCAUUCAUUUCGUCUUUGACUUCCUUCUAGUAGCCUUCUUGUUCGUUGCAUUUGCAGCUCUUGAGCAUUAGCCAAGCUGCUGCCAGCCCAAGCUCUGCUUCCUGGUGCUGGCCUGCCAUGGCUACUCAUGGCUGCAGUUGGAUGAGGGUCCAUUGUGGGACUUGGAGAAAUUCUGAAGUGAGGAGUGUGCAGAUGAGAUGUAUGGAAGCUAGCUGGGGUCUGACCAGGGCUAGGGACAAGGUGAGGCUUCUGCAGUCAGGCAGUUCUGUGUCCAGAUUGGCAUGAGGGCAUGGAAGUUCCAAAAAUGGCUUUCCAGCUUUGCCUUUUUUUGUAUGGAAAAAUGUCCCAUCUCUGGCAUGAGAUGAGGAUCCUUCCUCCUUCCUGUGAUUUCCAGGAUGGUUAUGGGGGGAUGGGAGGGGGAGGAAGAUGAUAUCCUUUGCCUCUGAUGCUUAUCUGGGAUGAGGGAUGAGGAUCAUGGGAUUGGAAUGGCCUCCCCCUAACAAAGGGGAUGUGGUGGAUCUUACCUAUGAUUCCAGAUGCUAUGGGGUCAUUUAGGCUGAGGUGGACAUUUCUCGCUAUGUUAUAAUUGGAGAGACCUUUUUGACUGGUUUUAGAGGUUAAAAGAAAAAGUGAAAAACAAUUACAAGGUACCUACAAAGUAGUAAACAAUAUGGACUUGUGUCUUUCUCUGGGAGACCUGCCCCAGAAUUGCCUGGCAGUUACUAGAAGGACAACUUUGGGCAGUGAGGAUCAAAGGCCCUGUGAUGGAUGUACCGGAAACCUCAGGUUUACACAAGGGAAAUCUGCGCUAUUAUGUAUUCUGUAGGGGAGGGAAAAAGUGAUUCCUAAUACACAAAGACCCUAACAAGGGGAAAGGCCUAAAUUAUGGAGUUAUCAAUGUAUGUUAUAAAUGUCUAUGCAUAUAUAUAUAUAUAUUUUAUAGCAGGUAAUAUCAGUUCAUCUACAUUCCCCAGAGGAAGGGUGGCACUUGGCAGUUACAAAAUUUUUAAACAUCUUUAUAAUAUAAGAAAGGUCACAAAAACCACAAACUUAAUGCCAUGAAAUACAGCAGUCAUGGUUUAAUAGGCUCUACAACAUAGGCCCUGGGGUAGGCACAGCAGAGGCUGCAGUGUCUGAAUUAUGGAGAGGCCCAUUGUCAUUUCUGAGGGGUUGUUGGGUGUCACCUUGGUCUGACAGUUAAGCCAGAACAGUACAGUGAAAGUUGAGUGACACGAACUUUGGGAUUUAUUUCGCAGGCACUGUAAUAACAAUAAUAACUCACAUUGUGUAACACUUGAUAGUUUGCAAAGGACUUUCCUCACGACAUUUUCUUAAUAGUGUCACUGAUGUGUUUCAUUCUUCUGUACCUGUGUCCAUAUGAGCAUCUUUGUAAAGCUAAAUGUAAGUAGACUUAGAAAUUUUGAGUCUCCAAAACAAGUUCAGGGUACUUCGCCCUUUCUAAUCUUUUGUAUCCUAAUGAGUGGGUAUUUCUAAAGGAGGAUUUGGGGAAGCAGGGUGGUAUGGUACACUGUCCAACUAAGGGACCUGGAUUUGAGUUCUAGCUUUGUUACUAAUUCGCCGUGUGACAUUGGGUAAUUCUUAGAACCCAUCUAAGCUUCAGAUUCCUCAUCUCUAAAAGGAGCUGGUUAGUUUAGAUAGGUUCCCAACUCCCAUCCAGCUCGUAACAAUCCAUGAUUCUGUGUCAACAAAUUUAGGAUGAAUGCCAUUCAUUUGCUGCCCUGAACCAAAUUGAACUCAAAUAUUCAUGUUCUCUUUCAUGGCAAAUUAAGCUUAUUUUUUGAAAGUAGUUUAAUUUGAGAAAUUAAAUUUUUAAAGUUCCUUAAGUAAUUUCAGUUAACACAAUUGCGUUUAAUUGAAAGUACUAGAUGAACAUGAGGGUACCAGUCCCAGUGCCCAUGGAGGUAUCAUCAGUGUGAGAAUGAAGAGCAUAUUCAGUGAAAAGAUUUACUCCUUAGUCUGAUUUCUUUGAUCACCAUAUAAACUCAUGGGUUUUUGUUAUCCUCCUGUCCUCUUUGCCCCUGCCCAGAAGAGUAGUCUUCAUGACACUUCAGGAAAUAAUACUUUUGCAACUGAACUUAGUGUUCUAUAUUGUUUUUUAAAAGUUGGAUUGGAUUGGUAGUCUCAAUAAUAAUAACUGGCAUUUAUGUAGCACUCAAAGGUAUGGUAUAGUGGACAAAAAGCUGGCUUUAGAGAUGGGCAAUCUGGGUUCAGAUCUCUGACAUUGAUUGUGUGGCUUUGGGCAGUGCCCAAGCCAACUCUAGUUUGUAAAAUAGUGGGAAAUUUUCACUGGGAGUAAGUUUGGACUUGAGUUCUGUUUGUGCCACUUGAAUUUGAGUCACAGCUAUUCAAAUGGAAUGUAAUUGAGUGUCAGAAUGUUCUUUUGAAUGGAACAAAAGUGCUUAAUAUGUCUUAUAUAUCAUCUUUCUUUUUAGAGUUGAACCUUUUCAUCAACACUCAAGAUAAUCAGAGCGAAUUUAAAAUGUUGUGUAUAGUAAGACCCACCAAUGACUGUCUCCCUUUAAUAGCCUCCAUUAGGCCAUUGAUCUGUCGGGUCCCUAGUGUAUGUGGUUACAUGGUGCCAGUGCUUUGCUCACUAUGACUUAAUGUGUAAAGCAGUUGUUAUCGCUGUCUCAACUCCAAUAUUAUACCAAGACCGUAUUGUGCAAUAAAAGUGUGCGUGUCUAAAUGCAAAA